AUGCCACUGGAAGAUAGGACUGAAGAUGAACAUGAUGAAAGUGAAGAACAAGAAGUGGAUAAAGAUGAAGAUGAAGAUAAUGAAAAUGUUGAGCAAGAGAUGGGUGGGAUUGAAAAUGGUGAAAACAAUGAACAAGAGGCAAAUGGGACUGAAGAAAAUGAUGAAAAUGAACAAAAGGUGGGUGGGACUGAAGAAAAUGAUGAAAAUGAACAAAAGGCGAGUGGGACUGAAGAAAAUGCUGAAAACGAUGAACAAAAGGCAGAUAGGACUGAAGAAAAUGAUGAAAAUGAAAAAAAGGUGGGUGAGACUGAAGAAAAUGAUGAUAACGAUGAACAAGAGGCAGAUGGAACUGAAGAAAAUGAUGAAAACAAUGAACAAAAGACAGAUGGGACUGAAGAAAAUGAUGAAAAUGAAAAAAAGACAGAUGGAACUGAAGAAAAUGAUGAAAACGAUGAACAAGAGGCAGAUGGAAUUGAAGAAAAUGAUGAAAAUGAACAAAAGGUGGGUGGAACUGAAGAAAAUGAUGAAAACGAUGAACAAAAGGCAGAUGGGACUAAAGAAAAUGAUGAAAACGAUGAACAAGAGGCAGAUGGAAUUGAAGAAAAUGAUGAAAAUGAACAAAAGGUGGGUGGGACUGAAGAAAAUGAUGAAAACGAUGAACAAAGGGCAGAUGUGACUGAAGAUAAUGAUGAAAAUGAACAAAAGGCAGAUGGAACUGAAGAAAAUGAUGAAAACGAUGAACAAGAGGCAGAUGGAAUUGAAGAAAAUGAUGAAAAUGAACAAAAGGUGGGUGAGACUGAAGAAAAUGAUGAAAACGAUGAACAACAGGCAGAUGGAACUGGAGAAAAUUAUGAAAAUGAUGAACAAAAGGCAGAUGGGACUGAAGAAAAUAAUGAAAAUGAACAAGAGGCAGAUGGGACUGAAGAUAAUGAAUGUGAAGGAAUUAGUGAAGAAGGUAAAUAUGAAGUGGUAGACAGAACAUGUAAAGAAACUAAAGAGAGAGAGGAAUGUUUGGAUGAGGACGAUAAGCUGGAGGAAUGUGAAACUCGAGAUAAAGAUGUUAGGAAUGUGGAAUAUGAAAUAGUAGUAGACAGUGUAAAUAUAGAAGUACAUACAGACAAAGAAUCAGGUACAGGUCACAGAGAGCUAGAGGAAGAAACAAACAUCCAGAGUACGGAAGAUAAUGAUGAGAACUUGGAAAUGUAUGCUGACCUUUUUAAAGGAGUGCCAGAGCUGGCUCCAGGGUCACCGCAGUGUGGAGAGGACGAUUUUGAAUGUAAUAUGAGCCCGGAAAUAGAACUCCAAAUUGACAAUAAAUAUUUACACUAG